AUGCUUCAGAACGCACCUGGUUUCUACAAUGCCAAGGUCCAGACGGUGCAGGGCGCCAACAGCAAGACGUUCAAGCGUAUAGAGCUUGACACCACCCUCACCAUCCCCGAGCUGUUCGAGUUCCAUGCGAAACACAGCCCGGAACACCCCGUCUUCGUGUAUGCAGACGAGAACAACCAGGAGCAUGUUCUCUACUACCCCGAGGUCUACCGCGGAAUCCGCAAGGCCGCCACGCUCAGCGCAGGCUACUACGAGCGCAUGGCGGAUUACUACGCACAGGCGCAGCAGGGGAAAAACGCGACCGAGCCGCCCGUCAUCGGCAUCCUCGCGACCGCAGACACGAUCUCCUUCUACACCCUGAAGGUUGGGCUGAUGUACCUCGGGCUCACGCCCUUCCCGAUCUCGACGCGCAACUCCGCGAUCGGCGUCGCGCACCUCGUCUCGAAGACGGGCGUGCGCCAGAUGUUCGUGAGCGCAGACCCCGCAAUGCAGCGGCUCGCUCACGAGACGAUCGAGCUGCUCGCGAAGGACGGGCUCGCGCUCGACCUGCUGCCCAUGCCGACGUUCGAGGACAUGUACGGGCCCGGGGGCGACGACGCGUUCGUGCCCAUGGGCAAGGUCAGCCCGGACCAGACGGCUAUCAUCCUGCAUUCCUCCGGAUCCACGGCAUUCCCGAAGCCGAUCAAGUUCCUGGACAAGAACUUUAGGAAGUGGGGCACCUUCGUCUUCUAUGGCGACUUUGACUUCUGCGGCGUCCGGGUCGCAACGCAGCCGAACCCUAUGUUCCACGUGAUGGGUUCGCUCACAAUGGUCUGGUCGCUGUACGUUGGUGUGGUUUGGACAGUGUUCGAGCCCAAGACGCCACCGAUCAUGCCUACGCCCGAGGUUAUUCUGGACUCGGUUGUGGCCACUCGCACCGAGGUGGAGUAUAUUGUCCCCGCCAUUAUAGAGACGUGGGCGAAAGACCCAGAGAACAUGGAACGGAUGAAGACCUUGCGCGCCGUGAUCUAUGCGGCAGCGCCGAUGAACAAGCAGAUCGGGGACCGUAUGACGGCGGAGGGCAUCGCGCUCAUCCCCUUCUACGGCUCGACGGAGAUCGGCGCGGCAGUGCGCCUGAUCCCGAAUCCGGACACGAUGGACAAGUCCGAGUGGGAGUACUUCCAGAUCUCGCCGCACAUCGACAUCCGCCUCCUCCCGCAAGACGGCCAGCCGGACAUCUUCGAGCCCGUCGCAUUCGACUCGCCGACGUUCACCCCGAACGUGUUCAACUCGGUCAUUGACGGGCGCCCUGCGUUCUCGUCGAACGAUCUGUUGCAGCGGCACCCCACCAAGCACCAUCUGUUCCGUGUGUUUGGGCGUAAGGACGAUCAGCUCAUGCUGUCUACCGGAGAGAAGACCAACCCGGCACCUCUUGAGGCGAUUUUGGUCCAAGACCCACACGUGCACGCGUGCCUGAUGUUCGGCCGUGGGCGCUUCCAGAACGGUGUUCUCAUUCAGCCAAAGGAGCAGUUCGAUCCAAAUGACGAGGCGAAGUUAGAGGAGUUCCGUAACAAGAUCUGGCCGACAGUUGAGGAGCUCAACUCGUACGCGCCCUCACAUUCGCGCCUCUUCAAGGAGACGAUCAUGGUCACAUCUCCCGACAAGCCCUUGGAGUACACGGCGAAGGGCACGCCACGUCGGCAGGUCUGCAUCGCCGCAUACGCCGAGGAGAUUGACGCCCUCUACAAGCGCAUUGAGGAGUCGUCCCAGGUCCUCGCCCCGCCGCGCGACUGGUCGCCCGCCAGCACGCACGCAUACAUCAAAGCCGUAGUGCGGAAGGUGAUGAAAAACGACGACAUCCAAGACGACGAUGACCUCUUCCAGAAUGGCUGUGACAGUCUGCAGGCAACGUGGAUCCGCAACACGCUCAUCCACGCGCUCCGCGCCGUGGCGACCGUGAGCACGCACGACAUCCCGUCCAACUUCGUGUACGCGCACCCCUCGAUCCGCGCGCUCUCGACGUUCCUGUCCGGCCUCAUCUCGGGCGAGACGGCGCUCGCGGGCGCGGAUGCAGAGCGCGCAGCGGCGAUCGCGCGGAUGCGUGCGCUCCUCGACAAGUACAGCGCGGGGCUCGAGCGCCACUUCCCGGAGAAGCUCGCGAACGGGCAUGCAAACGGCCACGCGAACGGCGCGCCUGCUGGUGCGGAGACCGUCAUCCUUACGGGCACCACGGGGCGACUUGGCGCGCACCUCCUUGCGCAGCUGCUGGAGCGGGCGGACGUCGUGAGGGUGUAUGCGCUAAACCGCGAGCCCUCUGGGUCUGUGCAGGCGCUGGAGGCGCGGCAGAAGGCUGCGUUCGAGCAGUGGGGCCUGGACGGCUCUUUGUUGACGUCCGGCAAGGUUACCCUGCACGUCGUCGACCUCGCGAAGACCAAUCUCGGAUUGAGCGGGGAGGUAUACGAAGGGAUGAGAUCUAGCGUCACUCAGAUCAUCCACAAUGCGUGGCGCGUGGACUUCCAGGUCUCGCUCCAAUCAUUCGAGCCGCUCCUGGCUGGUGCAAGGAACUUGCUCGACCUCGCUCUUCACUCCCCUCUUCCCGGAGGGCCCCGCGUGCUCUUCGUCAGCUCCAUCUCCUCACUACGCAACUACUCUGGCUCGAAGCCUGCAGAGGAGACGCACGAGACCGAGCCCGACCUCGCAGCUGGCUCCGGCUACAGCGAGAGCAAGUGGGUCACAGAACAUCUCUUUAGCCUGGCUACGGAGAAGACGGGCUUGCAAACGACGUCCGUCCGCGUCGGGCAGGUCAGCGGUGACCAGCGCCUGGGCGGCUGGAACACGACGGAGUGGGUCGCCGCGCUCGUCCGCGCCAGCCAGCGCCUCGGCUGUAUCCCCGUCAAGGAAGAGGAGGUCACCUGGGUCGCCGUCGACGUCGUCGCCUCCGCGCUGCAGGACAUGGUCGACAGCGGCGAGCGCUCUCUGCACCUCGUCUCGCCCAAGCCCGUGCAGUGGAACACCAUCUUCGUCCCGAUCGCCGGGCGGCUCGGGCUGCCCACGGUCCCCUACGCGGAGUGGACCGCGAAGCUCGAGCACUCCGCGACCGUCGCGGCGCAGGCGGGGCCCGGGGUCGGCCAGCACGACGCGGCGCACAACCUGCUCGGGUUCUUCAAGAGCGAGGGCAUGGGCGGUGCCGCGGUGCCACUGAGCACGGAGAAGGCGGUGCGGGCGUCGAAGAGCCUCGCGAACGCGCGUCCGAUCGGGGGGGAGGACGCGGUGAAGUAUGUGGAGUACUGGGCGAAGGUCGGGCAUAUCAAGGCGUAGACGACCUCGCGCGUGAUGGUUAGUAGAUGGGGGUGUAUAUGUACCACAGCAUAGAUUGUAUCAACAGACAUAUUAGUAGCGUGACUUGAAUGGAUGGACACCGUGCAC